AUGGCCCCCGAGUCGAGUAUCACCGUCGACCCCUCGAAGAAACAAAGCCCCCUCCGAGAUGUUGCCCAGGGGGCGGCUCUAAAGGAACAGCUACCGCCCGCCAAGUCAAGCCAGACGUAUCCUCCUCAACAAAGCUCAUCUGAGUCGGCUGAGUCAAAUGCCUCACUUUUUUUUGUGGGGACCGCGACCACGAUUUUGGAGUGGGAGGGCCUCCGCCUCAUGACAGAUCCCAACUUUUUACAUGCUGGUGACCACGUCCAUUUGGGGCCCGGUGUCGGAGGGACUCGCAAGACGAAUCCGGCGGUCGAUUUGCAUGAUCUGCCGCAUAUUGAUCUUGUUCUCUUGUCGCAUUAUCACGCCGACCAUUUUGACCAAGAGGUCGAAGCUUCGCUACGCCGAGAUCUGCCCAUUAUCACGACGCCCCAUGCCCACAAGCAUCUGACACACAAAGGACAUGGCGAAGCUUUCACGGCAGUGUAUCCCCUCGACGCGUGGGAGAGCAUGUUCGUGAAUGUCACCUCCUCUUCCACAUCAACCAGACGGCCCCAUCUUCGCGUCACGGGCAUGCCUGGGAAACACGUCGGCGAUGGCCUUCUUGCCAAAGCGAACGACAUCCUCGGUGCGAUCCCACCCACCAACGGAUGGAUGCUGGAACUCGGAUACAUCAGCAGCGACCAGUCAACCAAUUUUGAAUGCGGCUAUCGAAUUUACAUCUCAGGCGACACCCUCUAUGUGUCUGAACUGGAGAAGAUCCCCGAGCUGUACACGCACGCGGGCAAAUCGAUUGACUUGAUGCUGAUACAUUUGGGCGGAACAACAGUUCCAGGGCCGCAUAUGCCCUUGGUGAUGGUUACUAUGGAUGCCAAACAGGGGGUCAAGUUGGUGAAGCUCGUCAAGCCCGAGGUUACAGUGCCGAUUCAUUAUGAAUCCUCGGUCGCUUCAUCCCUGCGUUCUCUGUUUCUUCGCCUCCCCAUUUUAAAAUUCACCACCGGAAGCACAAAAACUGACGCGACCCUCCCCUCGACGGGGGCUGGAAUCCAAAAAAGCGACUAUGACGUCUUCCUCUCCCCGCUCUCCGAUUUCAAAGACGCCAUCACCAAGGCCGGGCUGUCCGACAAAGUCGUCUACCUGGACAGGGGGGACGAGUUCAAAUUCCGCGUGAAAUGA